GAAAAAAUGUGUGGAUUUUGUUCACUUCAGGACUGCGUUUUCUUCACUCAUGAAGAGAGUAAUGCCGUGGAGUGAUAAGGUUGAUCUUAUCUCUUCUGAUGAAUCUUCUUCAGAAGCAGAGGUGGAUGACAAUGAUGGAACCAGUAAUUCGCCUACUGAGCAACCACCCCAAGAAUUGUCCCCUCAAGGUAUGUUGAUGAAAAGGGCAGAAUUGUAUCAGGAGUAUAUGAAGGAAGUGCCUAUCCCAGCGCAGUGGGGCUCUGUUAUUCCAUUUACAUCAUGGAUGGGAUUAGGUAGAUCGAUCAAGCAAUUAUAUGGCCAACCCUUGCAUUACCUCGCCAAUGUUCUCCUAAAACAGUGGGACCAAUUGAGAUUUGGAAGUGAGGAUGAAGACACGCCUCUGGAUAUCAUCUUUCAUCCUUGUAAAGCUGAAUCCACCAUCUGGCUUAUUGAAGAAGCCCAUCAGCGCAUCACAGCUUCUCAUCGCAUAGCUAAACUCUGGCAGUCAGAUCCAAUGCAUGAUGCUUUUGUUGAUCCCAUCUUCCCUGAGUUGUUGUGGUUCAUGGGUUCACUUCUAACUCUGGUUGUGAUUCUGUGUAAUGUUUCUUACAACUCAAUAAAACCUUGAACCUACUAAAACCUCAUCUUUUCUUUGGGACAACUGAAGGUGCUGGACCUCUGGAUUUGGUUGGGUUUCCCGUUUGAAGAUUUUCCCUGACCACAAGCUGGCAUCUUCGCAAAAGGCAACGUUUAGCAUGUUGUUUUGUUUCUUUCUACUGUAUUUUCCUCCGUAUUGAUGCCUUAUGAAGGUGAAAUGACUCUGUAGGUUAAUUGAAGAUUUCCUAGAGAGACUAUGCUGUAGGUCGAAGCCAAACGCAAGAAAGUUAUCUACACGCU